CACGAGCUGCCUAUUCGGGUAAGCAUCGUCUACUUGCCCCUUCGCUCCAUCUCCUCCUCUUUAAUCUUCUUGUUCUCGCAGCUUUUUGCUUUCUUUCGUCCUGACUUGUUUUCUUUCUUGCUCCACGUUCGCUCUCCUCUUCCUUCUUCGUUUCUCCUCCUCUUCCUCCUCUCUUAUUCCCUUCUCCUUCUCUCAUUCCCGCCUAACCUUUUCAUUCGCCACCAGGCAGGUGCACGGUCAAUCCUGGCCGACGAUACGUGAUCCGCAAACGAUCGAUCGAUCGAACGGGCCAAUCAAUCAGCGCACCAUGGAUCCGCUCGCGUCCCUUCGUCGCCUCGUUCAAAUUCACCCUCUUAUCGACAACCACGCCCAUAAUCUCCUCGCGCAGCCCGCGGCCUGCAACUACGCGAAAUACCCCUUCGAACAGAUUACCUCGGAAGCUCAAGGCCCCGCCCUGCGCAAUGCUCCGUCAUCCCUGCCUCUCCAGCGCGCCGCCGCGCAGCUGGCAACCCUCUACAAUUGCCCAUCGGCCGAUUGGGACCGUGUGAAGGCGGCUCGCGAUCUAUAUGUCGAACGUGACUAUGAUGGCCUGAUCCGGCGGUGUCUGGAAGGAACUCAUAGUCUGCUCCUUGACGAUUUGCUUACGGACCAAGAUAUCGAGCCUUUUAGUUGGCAUGACCGUUUCACCACCGCUCCGACUAGACGGAUCGUGCGGAUUGAAGUUGUGGCCGCUCAAGUGCUUUCCUCCGUUCUGUCCGAAGGCUAUGAUCAGUCCACGAGUGACCCUACCAUCCUUCGACAGUAUAUGGGCCAGUUCCGGCAGGGAUUCUUGGAGAGAAUGGCUGAGGCUAUCGCGGACCCCGUGGUGGUAGGCUUCAAGUCUGUCAUCUGUUACCGCACCGGAUUAAACGUCCAAGUGGCCGAUGACAGCGAUGACAGUAUCCUUCUCGAGUCUUUCGCUCGGACGAUAUCACAAGGGUCCGGUUCCUCAUACCGUGUGGAGGACAAGCCGCUGAACGAUUGGCUGGUCAGGCAGGCCCUCAAUCAGCUUCAAUCUGCCAAGGAGAGUGAUCCCUCCGCACCCAACAAACCACUGCAGCUACAUACGGGGCUUGGUGAUAAUGAUAUAAACCUGAUACUAUCGAACCCGGCCUAUCUACAAGACUUGGUGGCCCGCUAUCCGAAGGUGGACUUUGUGCUCUUGCAUUCUUCCUAUCCGUACACCCGAGAGGCUGGCUAUCUCGCCUGCGUCUACCCCAACGUCUAUCUGGAUCUAGGAGAAGUGUUCCCCAUGGUGAGCCGCGAUGCUCAAGAAUCCAUCAUCCGGGAGAGUCUGGAGAUCGUGCCCACCACCCGUCUCUUGUGGAGCACCGACGGCCAUUUCUUCCCGGAGACGUUCUGGUUAGCAAACAAGCAGUUCCGCGAUGCGUUGGAGAAGGUUCUUGUGGAUUAUGUGCUCCACGGUGACCACACCAUCGAUCAGGCGAGACUGGCUGCUGCUGAUAUAUUAUUCAACAACUCCAAUCGCCUGUAUAGCUUGAACGAGAAGGCUUCCUACGAUGACAGGCUGGUUCCUGCCAUCAAAGCUCUAUCCGAACCAUCUUCACCCGACACAUUUGACAGCUUCAUGCAGAAGAACCCUGAUAUCAAGUACAUCUGGAUGCAGUUCAUUGACUACACCGCGACUACUCGCGUGCGUAUGUUCCCUGUCCGGGAGUUUGCCAAGAUUGCCCGCAAGCAACGCCGCAUUGGCAUCUGUCUGGCGACUUUCCUGAUGCUUCAGGAUGAUUCUGUCUGCCCAGAGGGUUCUACGACCGGCCAGUUCUACAUGGAACCGGACCUCUCCAGUCUCCGCCGUAAUGUUGGAAUCGACUCCAAGAGCGCCACUGUGAUGACAUGGUGGCGUUCAGAGGAGGGCGCGCAGCUGGAAGGGUGUCCACGAACCGCCCUGCAGAAUGUGGCGACUGAUUUGAAGGUCAAGCACGGAAUUGAAGUUCUCUGCGGGUUUGAAAUCGAGGUGAUACUGCUCAAGUGCAUCACCAACCCGGAUACCGGCGAGGAAGAGUUUGUUCCAUGCGUCAAGAACCACUCGUGGUCCCAAAUGACCCGGGACACCAGACGCAUGGUGCCACUGCUCGAGGAGAUUGUCGAGGCGCUUGCAUCGGUUGGCAUUGAUCUCGAACAGUUUCACGCCGAAUCGGCGCCCGGACAGUUUGAGUUUGUCUUGCCGCCAGGUUCACCCGUCGCGGCAGUGGAUACUCUCCUGAAGGCACGACAGGUCGUGACCUGUGUGGCUGAACAACACGGGUUCCGUGCAACCCUUCACCCUCGACCAUAUUCUCAUGCUGCAGGCUCAGCUUCACAUGCACAUGUCUCGAUAAACCCAGCCACUCAAGAAGAGAGUUUCUUGGCCGGUGUACUGCAGCACUUUCCGGCCUUAAUGGCCUUUACCCUCUCGGGCGAUGUCAGCUACGAACGCGUCCACUCGGGCCUUUGGGCUGGCAGCGAGUGGGUUGCCUGGGGAACUCAGAACCGUGAGACCCCCAUACGAAAGAUCUCUGCCGGACACUGGGAGAUCAAGUCACUGGAUGGUCUGGCCAAUAUGUACCUGGCGAUGGCGGCGUUUUUGGCUGCAGGAUCCUUGGGUGUUCAGGAGAACCAACCGCUGACCAUCCGCGACUGUUUAUAUGAUGCCGCAACCCUGAGCGACGCUGACCGCCGUGCCCUUGGCAUCACCACACAACUUCCCAAAACCCUGUCACAAAGUCUCGACCACCUGGCCGCCGACCAGGCUCUCCGGGAUGUGCUUGGUCACACUACGGCCGAGAAUUAUAUCACCGUCAAACGGGCUGAAAGCAAAAAGCUGAAUGCCAUGGAGGCCGAAGCGCGGCGGAAGUGGCUCGUCGAGCGAUAUUAAUUAGAUCUGUACAUAGAUAGAGUAACUAAUCCACGAUACCCUAUAGUCU